GAAUAUAAAUGAUCAAUAUUGGACACUGAGGGCAGAAGAGAUUCCUGAAGAGCAAAAGAAUCUUGGUCCUCUUGAUCGCUUGAUUCAUGUUUACCAUUUCACAAACGAGACUGGGCAAAACCCAAUGCAAGUCCAAAAUUUUGGGGAACCUUUUUUUUUGGUAGUACAUGAAGGUGAAACUUUAGCUGAAGUUAAAGUGCGGGUUCAAAAGAAAUUGCAGGUUCCGGAUGAGGAAUUCUGUAAGUGGAAGUUUGCGUUUCUUUCAAUGGGCCGUCCUGAAUACUUGCAAGACACAGAUGUUGUGACCAACCGUUUUCAGAGAAGGGAUGUUUACGGUGCUUGGGAGCAGUACCUUGGGUUGGAGCACUCUGAUACAGCUCCAAAAAGGGCCUAUCAAGUGAAUCAGAACCGUCUCACUUUUGAGAAGGCAGUCAAAAUAUACAACUAGAAAAGAGCUGGGAACCCCUCUGACUCCAAAAGGGCAAAGAUGAAAGGCAUAUAUUUAUUAGAUGGCAGCCAAAAAAAUGAAAAAAGGGAAAAACAUCGAUGUGGCUUUGGUUUUGUAGGUAUGAUUCUUUCUUUGAUGUGGGUUGGGGAAGGGAGGUGUACCUCCCAUAUGUAUCGCCCUUUUAAUAUUGAUACAAGGCUGGAGCUUCUUCUCCCUUCUUUUCCCCUUAACCUAUAAAGGCUUUUCCUCGCUUUCGGAGGUUGGUUUUUACAUAUCUGAUUCCUGUGCAUAUAUAAGAUUUUGGUUAGCCGAUGUAAACUGGGUAUAGUUCACAUUCUUUUUUUUUUUUUUUUUUUUUUUUCGUCGUUUUCUUUUCCUUCACACCCCCCAAUUCUCUUCUAAUCUGAUGUUCAUAGGGAAUGAGGUGGUAUAAUGGUUGGGCUUUAACGGUUGUGUAGAAGAAAUUAUGCUGCUAUAUGUAAUCACUACACAUUUUAUAGUGCCUUUUUAGCUGUUUAAUCUAUAUAUGUGGUGAAUUGUGUCAAAUUUCGCUUUA